AUGGGUAAAACUGCUAAGCUUGAUACUGCAAAACAUAUAUUAUUUUUAAAAUUGAAAGCUAGUAGUAAAGCACCUCAGUUUGAAACUGAAAAAGCUGCUGUGCAGCCUAGUGGAUGUAUUGGCUCUUUAUCAACUUAUUUAUCUUACUCUUCUGAAG